GAAAGAUAUGCCAAGCUAUUUAUGCAAAGCAGCCAAUAGUUGUUCGGAAGCCAACGGUCUUGGGUAUAUUUGCAAGUGCCCUGACGGUUAUCAAGGGAACGCAUACAUUCCUGAGGGACAAGAUGGUAGUUGCCAAGAUAUUGAUGAGUGCAAAGAUAGUCCCUGCAAUGCUACUGCAAUAUGUACCAACACUAAAGGGAGCUACACAUGUACAUGUCCCAAUGGAUAUGUCGGCGAUGGGAGGAAUCCGAAUGGAACGACAGGUUGUAGUCGAAAAGGCCAAUCAAAGAUCAUCAUGACUAUUGCCCUGGGUGUUAGUACAAGCCUUGGAGUAUUAUUUCUACUUAUUGGUGGAUAUUGGGGGUCAUACAAAGUGGUAAAGAAAAGGAAAAUGAUUAAACGUAGGCAGAAGUUCUUUAAACGAAAUGGCGGACUGUUGUUACAACAGCAAAUAUCACAAAGUGAAUUGAAUGUUGCGAACAUGAAGUUAUUUAAUUCAAAGGACUUGGUGAAAGCCACUGACCAUUUUAAUGAUAACAGAAUACUCGGUCAAGGUGGACAAGGCACCGUUUACAAAGGUAUGCUAGAGGAUGGAAGAAUCGUUGCUGUGAAAAAGUCAAAGAUAACUAAUGAAGGAAAGCUUCAAGAAUUCAUUAAUGAAGUUAUCAUUCUUUCACAAAUUAAUCAUAGGAACAUUGUUAAACUACUUGGUUGUUGCUUAGAGACAGAAGUGCCUUUACUGGUGUAUGAAUUUGUUCCUAAUGGAACUCUCUCGAGAUAUCUAAGUGAUGAUCAAAAUGAGGAGUUUCCACCAACAUGGGAUAUGCGCUUACGAAUUGCCAUAGAAAUUGCAGGAGCUCUAUACUAUUUACACUCAGCAACUUCAUUACCCAUUUACCAUCGAGACAUUAAGUCAACGAACAUUCUCUUAGAUGAUAAAUACAGAGCAAAAGUAGCAGAUUUUGGGACUUCAAGAUCUGUUGCUAUUGAUCAAACUCACUUGACUACACUAGUACAUGGAACUUUUGGAUACUUGGACCCGGAGUAUUUUCAGUCAAGUCAAUUUACAGAAAAAAGUGAUGUUUAUAGUUUUGGUGUUGUCCUUGUUGAGCUUUUAACAGGAGAAAAGGCUAUCUCUUUGACAAGAACACCAGAAGCUAAAAGUUUAGCCACGUAUUUUAUUUGCUCGAUGGAAGAAAACAAUUUGUCUGAUAUCCUUGAUAGACGAGUUCUGAAGGAAGCUAUAAAAGAAGAGCUUAUUACGGUCGCAAACAUUGCAAAAAGGUGCCUAAACUUGGAUGGGAAGAAGCGACCUACGAUGAAAGAAGUCUCAAUGGAGUUGGAGGCAGUAAAAAUAUCACAAAAAGCUUCAAGCCUUGAAAUGUGCAAAAGAGAUGAUAGGCCUACUAUGACGGAAGUGGCCGUGAUGCUAGAUGGACUAGGAGGUAAGGAAAAGCAAACAAGGAAAGAAGCCGAUCUCAAUACAGAAGAGAGUGAGUAUUUGCGUAGUACAUACACACCCACUUUAAGCAUUGAUGUUGGCGUUGGCUGUUCUUCCACAAGUACCUUGGAUAGCACUAUGUGAAAUCAAGCAACAAAUGAUGGCAGAUAAUCCAUUAGUCCGAUCCUUAAAAGCCUCAAUCAGCAAGCAUCUUCCUCCAAAUCAAUGGAUGAUGGUAGAUUUCGGUCUCUUUGCAUGCAGUGUUUAAGUUUUCUCCACAUAGAUCUUUUGGUAUGUUCAAAGUUUCCUCUCAAGGUCUGCUUUGCAUUAUUGAGAGCUUUUGUACGUACGUAUGGGCAAGUCCAGUAGUACUGGUUAAUUAGGUGUCCGCUUUGAAAGUUGUCCUAAUUUCGACAUGUGUGUUCUAAGUUUUUAUUUGUGGAUUAUGCAUGGGUAGAUUUAUUGUAACUUAAAUAUUAGUGUUUGGGGUUGAAAGAAUUUAUUAUUUCUAGAAAAGUCAAUGCUUUGCUGGAGACCUUGGGUAAAUUCUCGAAGUCAUGGGAAUAUUCUUCUAAGCUCCUUGAAAGCAAAUGAUGUCGCCCUCCAUUAACUAGCAAAAGCCUGGGGAAGCUGAACUGGUCUCUAAUUAUUUCAUCCAAUAAAUAUAGGUACGUGGGGGUAGCAUUGUUUUUUAUUUUCGAAAGGAAUUGUUUUUCAUAAUUUUCAAAAGGACAAAGGAGAUAUUGAAUCAGUAAUUUAAUGUACUCGAACAAAAUUGUCAGGUUCUCAAGUCAUGAACGGUUUUGAUUGGUAGAUCGAACAGAAGUUAAAAUGCGUUUGCAGGAUAAUAAAUUUAUAAGACCAUUCACGGUAUAUACAAUUAAAACCAACAGGAAAUUAAUUAACACUCCUAUUAUAUAGGAGGGCCGUUAAUUAAUUAGAGUUUUCUUCUAUAUGUAUAAUUAAUCCUCUAAGCACUGCUAGGGCCACCGAUACUGGUCCCGACAAAUUCUUGUCCUCUUGUCUUUCACACUCAUUGGAUAAGAUUUCCUUUGCACGAAAAUCAGAACAAAAAAAAAAAAAAAAAAAGAGAGAGAGAGAAAGUCUGAGUUCUACCAAGAUCUAGGUCGCAGCACCAGUCCUUCAUUGCAGCAGCUUGUGUUUCGUCCUGAUAGCAAAAGCUUUUUACAGUUGAUCCAAUCAAUCUGAUCCAAACUACCGAGAAGAAAACGAAUUUCGUAAGUAAUUCCCGAAGCCACUCUUUAUCGCCUUCUUCUUCUAUUGAUUUUUUAAGAUUUAUUCGAUGAUUCUUUGAGUUCUGAUGUUUGAGACUAACUCUGAAAUUUUUUUUAGCGUCCUGAUUUUUGAUAUUAAGUCAAUAUGUAGUUUUCCUUUUUGAUGUAUAGCAGUAAUUCAUCCCUGGAGAUGUAUAGCAGUAAGCUUGCAACUGUGUAAUGGUUUAUUAAAUUUAUAAUAUUUUAUUAUUAUUUUGAGUGGAAUAACUAAAUGCAUCUCAUAUUAUGCAAAAUUUACAUUUACAUUUACAUAAUCUAACGAGGAUACUCUUAUAAUUCGUUUUGAUAUGAUUAAUACAUCGUCAUUUUGAAACAGCUCUUCGCUUUGGUGGUUAAUUUUCGUAACUUUAAUUUCUUUGGUAUAAUUAACAGAGCAGUAAAUUCUUAAUUGUUUACCUUUUAAUUGUUCGAGUGGCUUGGUGAAAAUGAAUAAUGGCUAAGAUGGGCAUUUCAAAUGUAGGAGCUGGAGUAGGCUUUAUUUCUCACCUUGUGUUCAGCUUUUUUUUUUUUUUUUUUUCUUUAACCAAGAGCUAGUAGCCCCAUAUCCAAUGAACCACCACCAAAGAAUCACAUUCAAUAUCAAUAGAAAAUAAACCCAACUCCUUACACCUAAUAAUGCCUUUCAAUACCGCUCGAAACUUUGCUUCAUUAUUAGAGCAAGCUCCAAAAGACUUAGAAUAAGCAAAAUCAGUUUACCAUUGCAAUCAUGGAGAAUGCCCCCUCCACCACUGGGUCUCAGGAUCCUUGAGCUACUACAACAACGACUCGAUCAACAAGAAGGAUCCACAGAAACAGUCAAAUUCUUUACCGUAAAUGAGCUGCAGAAGGCCACCAAAAACUAUGAUAAGAGCAGGAUAAUUGGCCAAGGAGGUUUUGGUACUGUUUACAAAGGUUUUCUAGCAGACAAUAACAUUGUUGCCAUCAAGAAGUGCAGUAUAGAACAUAAAAACCACAUUGAGGAAUUCAUCAACGAGGUUGUUGUGCUCUCCCAAAUUAAUCACAGGCAUGUUGUCAAAUUCUUGGGAUGUUGUUUAGAGAAACAAGUUACUUUGCUUGUCUACGAAUUUGUCCCAAAUGGUACCCUUUUUAAGUACAUCCAUCAGGAAAGCAAUGCAUCCACAUUUACUUGGGAAACCCGUUUGAGGAUAGCUGCAGAAACAGCUAAGGCACUAUGGUAUUUGCACUCUAAGGCCUCAAUACCUAUAAUUCAUAGGGAUGUAAAAUCAACAAACAUACUGCUUGAUGAUGACUUCACUGUAAAAGUCUCCGACUUUGGAAUUUCAAGAUUGGUUCCGAGAGAUCGAGAUGGAGAUCAAAUGCGAAAAAUCACUCUAGUGCAUGGAACUUUUGGAUACUUGGAUCUUGAAUACUUUGCGACACACUAAUUGACAAAGAAAAGUGAUGUCUAUAGCUUUGGAGUGGUGCUCGUGGAGCUACUUACAAGAAAGGAGGCAAUUUUAUCUGAUAGGACCGAGGGGCAUGCAUUUCUAUGUACGUAUUUCAUUUCUUCCAUGAAAGAGGAAAGAUUGUUUGAAAUUCUUGAAAAUAACAUAGUUGCAGAAGGAAAUAAGGAGCAGAUCCAACAAUUUGUGGAGCUUGCAAGGAGCUGCUUAGCAGUACAAGGGGAUGAGAGGCCUACAAUGAGGGAAGUAGCAAUGGAAUUACAAGGAAUAAGAAAGAUGCAGAAGCAUACCUGGGUUAUCUUGGAAGCAAAUUCGGAAAAUGUGGAACACUUGCUUAGUGAGACAUGCGAGGCUAACAAAUAUGGGGAAAGUAGUAGUACUAUAACUACUGCAUAUCAUCAUAGCAUGAAUGAUUAUGGAACACAAGCUUAGGGAGAUGGAAGAUGAAUUCGGAUGUUGAUGUAAUUUUCUUCUCAUGCAUAUAUGCAAUUUCCUGCUUUUAUUCUGUAUGCGCAUUACCUUAUAUAGGUAUGACGCAUGCUUUGUAGUUGUUUUCUAAUUUUGUUAGCGACUUUGCAGUGAGUGCUUGUUUUUCCUGUGGUUUUUUUUUUUUUUCAUGUGUUUCACUAUUUCUCGUAUGACAUUUCCUUCCUAUUUUUAUGUUCCUAUAGUUGUAAUAUUAUAAGUAAUUGUUGAUCUGCUGUACUGCAAUCUUCAAGUUGUCUUGAUAAAUAAAUAAAUAAAUAAAGACGUGUUGCUUUGACUGCA